AUGGAGCAAGUGAGGAUUAUUGAUAAACCAAGGCAGGCGUGUUCAGUUGAGUCAGCAGCCCUAACGAACCCCAACGCAAAAGUUUACUUCAUUCUCCUCACAAAUUCGACAUCAGUGUCACUUAAAUUCUCAGAACUUACCAAAGUCCUUCUGUCCUACAAGAACAUCAACUUUAGAUUUCUUAAUCCGUACGAAUUUUCGAAAGGUUCAGCAAUUGAGCACUUAAUCGAGAGCAACAUCAUCUUGGGAUCAAAAUAUCACAUUGAACAUAUGUCAGAUGCUAUGCGGACCUUGAUUCUUAGCAAAUAUCCUGGAUUGUAUCUAGAUCUUGAUGUCUUAUCUUUGAUUAGUUCGUCAACUAUUGAAAUUUCUAAUUUUGCCUGCGCUCAAGAGAAGAAUUUGCUUGGAAAUGCUGUCAUUCAUAUUGAUAGGAAAGGUUUGAAGGUGUUUGAUGUGAAUUUAAAGAAAUUUAAUGCAUCUUAUAAUCCGAAUGUUUGGGCAGUAAAUGGACCAAUGAUGUUCUCAGACUCAGUCAGAUCAUUUUGUCAAAACAAAGACAUUGAAGUCGAUAAAUACACAAAAUGCAAUGACUUUACAAUCAUGCCGACCAGAAAGUGCUAUCCAAUUGGAUAUCCUGAGUUCAGCAUGUUCUACACGGAAGAUGGAAUCACAAAAGCUUUAAAAAGAGUUCAACAGUCAGAAUCUUAUUUUAUUCAUAUUUGGAACAAAAUGCAGGAAUUUGGAAACAAAAAUUACAAAAUGACUUUUAAUUCUAGUGCUGCAUAUGUUGAGUUGGGGAAAGCUUUGUGUCCAAGGGUGCUGAAAACUGUCGAGAAUUAUUUUUGA